CACCCCGCACGCCCGCUGCCCGCGUGCCGCAGAUGCCCGCCCGUGGCCAGCCGCCCUGCCGCCGCGCGCCCCUCGCCGCCUGCCUCCUCGCCCUCGCCGCCUCCGGCGCUGGCGCCCGCGAGGCGCGCCGGGCCUCCAGCGGUGCCGUAGCAGACGCCCCGGCGGCGACCGCGGACCCGCCCCCCGCGGGGAACACCUCGGGCCCGGCGCCGCCUGGCGCGGAGGCAUGCCUGUGGCAGGGGGACGCGCGCGGGUGCGGCGCGGUCCGGGACGAGGGCCUCUGCCUGCGGAGCGUCGACGGGCGGCCCUGGAGGCAGUGGCGGGGGCACCUCGUGCACGGGCAGCCCUGCGCCUGGUGCGGCGGCGAUAGCUGCCUGGAGGGCGCCACGGCGCUCUGCGCGCCCGCGGACUGGGUGCGGGGCCGGCUGCGAGUCACCGUGGGCAGCUGCAGCGCAGCGGCACCGUCGGAGUGGCCGGCGCCCGGCUUCGCCUGCGCGGCGAGGGGCGCGGCGGCAUCCUCGAGCGUCAACCACUUCUACUACACCUUCACCGCGGGGUCUCUGGACGACUGCAAGCGCCUCUGCUCCUCCGAGGGGUACUGCAGGGCCAUUGAGUACCAGGCCCUCGACGCGAAGUGCCUGCUCUGGUGGCACCCCGUCGAGUCCGUCGAGCCGAGGCCGGGGCACACGUGCGCCAUCGUGCGCGGCGCCGAGCUCGUCGAGCUGCAUUCGACCGAGAUGCUUGCGUCGAUAUUGGCCGAGGCACCGGCGCCGGCGCUCGCGAAGCUGAACCUGACCGAGGUGGCAGCACCAGCCUCGGACCCGAGCACGACGGAGGGCCAGGAGCUCCUCGGCGAGGUGGGCUCGACCUCGGACCCGAGCACGACGGAGGGCCAGGAGCUCCUCGGCGAGGUGGGCUCGACCUCGGACCCGAGCACGACGGAGGGCCAGGGCCUCGGCGAGGAGGGCUCGACCUCGGCAGAGACGGAGGGAGGUUUCGAAGUGGUGCUGAUGCCCAGCGACACGCCGGGCGCGCAGCAGAGCUUCUGCUCUGGCCCCGCGUGCUGGGCCCUCGCCGGCGCGGCCCUGUGCGCCGGGGUCGCCGCCUGCGCCGCGCCCCUGCUCUGGCAUGCCUGCCGCGCGCCGCGCCGCACCACCAGGGCGGCGGAGCUGCAGCGGGCGGCGGACCUGCAGGACGAGCACUGGGACUUCGAGGACUUCGACGCCGGCUCCUCCGACGACUUCGGCAGUGCCCCGGCCGCCGCCGCCGCCUCCGAGCCCGGGGCGCUGGAGCCCCUCGGCGCCGCUGCGGGGACGGCCCCGCUCCCCGUGCUGCUCGGGCCGGCGGCCGCGCGGCGGCCAGGGCCCUUCGAGGGCUUCAAGCCGCGCCGCCGUUUUUUUUCUUUUUGGUUACACCUCGGCGAGGCAGAAAGGCCUCGCGCGAUGCGCGCUCGGAGUUCCCGAAGCGAUCCGAGCGAAUUCGAAGUGAGCAGCGCGUGUGUGUAUAUAUGA